AUGUAUAAAAAAGGUUAAUAUAUAUUAUUAUUUUAAGGUAAUACCGUAAUCAAUUAGAAUAAGUUUGAAGAUGCAAAAUAAAUAUACUAAGAUAUAUCCAAAAUUAAUCCAAAUCAUGAUCUAUCAUGCUUAAAAAUAUGUAUUAAAAUGAUUAAAUAAUUUAGCUGAUUUAUUAUAUUAAAAAUUAAGUGUAAGUGAUUAAUAAUCUUAUAAAGAAGCAAAGGAAUAUUAUAACUAAUGCAGUUCAAUAAAUUAAAAUAAUUCAUGUGCAUACUUUGGAAGAGGUUUAAUUAUUUAAUAUUUGAUUAGGUGAAUGUCUAAAAGUGACUAAUAAGUUUGAUGAAACAUAAUAACAUUUUAUCCAAGCUAUUGAAAUUAAUUCAUCUAAUCUUUAAAAUUAUUUUGCUUAUGGUAAAAUAUUUUUAUAACUAUAUUAUUUAGGAAAUUGCUUAAGAAUUUAAAAAAAAUAUCAGGAGGCCAUAAAUGUUUAUGAUUAAUGUUUAAUAAUAGAUGCUAAUCAUGCCGAUGCAUUUGCAGCAAAAGGUUUCAAAAGUAUUAAAUUUUUUUUAGGAAUAUGUCUAAUCUUGAUAGAUCAGAUAGACGAGGCUUUACAUAAUAUUUAAUAAUCAAUAACUUUAAAAAACGAUUCUUAUUUAGGAUUACAUGGACUUGGUACCGUUUGGAAUAAACUUUAGGGUUAUAUUUAUACACAAUUGGGGAUUACUUAAAUGCAUUAGAGCACUUUGAUAAAGCUUUGGCUAUCAAUCCAUUAUCUGUAGAUACGUUACAUUACAAAGGUAAAUUUAAUUGAUAAUUUAAGGUUAAUGCUUAUAUUAGAUAGAUCAAUUUGAAUAGGCUAUUUAAUAGUAUGACAAAGUAUUGGCCAUCAAUCCAUAAUUUUUGGAUACUUUACAAUAUAAAGGUACAUUUAAUUUAAAUAUUUUAAGGUGCAUGCUUAAGAGAAAUGGGUGAAUAUGAAUAGGCUAUUGAAUGGUAUGAUAAAUCAUUGAUCAUUAAUCCACAACAUUUCUUAUCUUUACAUGACAAAGGUAAAAGUAAUUUAAAUAUUUUAAGGCGCAUGCUUAUAUUAUAUGGGUCAAUAUGAAUAGGCUAUUGAGUGGUGUGACAAAGCAUUGGCCAUCAAUCCACAAUUCAUAGAUACCUUACAAUUCAAAGGUAAAUAUAAUUGAAAAAAUUAAGGUUAAUGCUUAUAUUGGAUGGAUCAAUUUGAAUAGGCUAUUUAAUGGUAUGACAAAGCAUUGACUAUCAAUCCACAAUAUUUUUUAUCUUUACAUGGCAAAGGUAAAUUUAAUUUGAAUAUUUAAAGGUUCAUGCUUAAGAGAAAUGGGAAAAUUUGAAUAGGCUAUUGAAUAGUAUGACAAAGCAUUGGCAGUCGAUUCUUAAUCUGAAAUUUGUCUACAUGACAAAGGUAAUAUGUAAUUAUACAAUUUAAAGGUGCCUGCUUAUAUUCAAUGGGCAAAUNGUUAAUAUAUAUUAUUAUUUUAAGGUAAUACCGUAAUCAAUUAGAAUAAGUUUGAAGAUGCAAAAUAAAUAUACUAAGAUAUAUCCAAAAUUAAUCCAAAUCAUGAUCUAUCAUGCUUAAAAAUAUGUAUUAAAAUGAUUAAAUAAUUUAGCUGAUUUAUUAUAUUAAAAAUUAAGUGUAAGUGAUUAAUAAUCUUAUAAAGAAGCAAAGGAAUAUUAUAACUAAUGCAGUUCAAUAAAUUAAAAUAAUUCAUGUGCAUACUUUGGAAGAGGUUUAAUUAUUUAAUAUUUGAUUAGGUGAAUGUCUAAAAGUGACUAAUAAGUUUGAUGAAACAUAAUAACAUUUUAUCCAAGCUAUUGAAAUUAAUUCAUCUAAUCUUUAAAAUUAUUUUGCUUAUGGUAAAAUAUUUUUAUAACUAUAUUAUUUAGGAAAUUGCUUAAGAAUUUAAAAAAAAUAUCAGGAGGCCAUAAAUGUUUAUGAUUAAUGUUUAAUAAUAGAUGCUAAUCAUGCCGAUGCAUUUGCAGCAAAAGGUUUCAAAAGUAUUAAAUUUUUUUUAGGAAUAUGUCUAAUCUUGAUAGAUCAGAUAGACGAGGCUUUACAUAAUAUUUAAUAAUCAAUAACUUUAAAAAACGAUUCUUAUUUAGGAUUACAUGGACUUGGUACCGUUUGGAAUAAACUUUAGGGUUAUAUUUAUACACAAUUGGGGAUUACUUAAAUGCAUUAGAGCACUUUGAUAAAGCUUUGGCUAUCAAUCCAUUAUCUGUAGAUACGUUACAUUACAAAGGUAAAUUUAAUUGAUAAUUUAAGGUUAAUGCUUAUAUUAGAUAGAUCAAUUUGAAUAGGCUAUUUAAUAGUAUGACAAAGUAUUGGCCAUCAAUCCAUAAUUUUUGGAUACUUUACAAUAUAAAGGUACAUUUAAUUUAAAUAUUUUAAGGUGCAUGCUUAAGAGAAAUGGGUGAAUAUGAAUAGGCUAUUGAAUGGUAUGAUAAAUCAUUGAUCAUUAAUCCACAACAUUUCUUAUCUUUACAUGACAAAGGUAAAAGUAAUUUAAAUAUUUUAAGGCGCAUGCUUAUAUUAUAUGGGUCAAUAUGAAUAGGCUAUUGAGUGGUGUGACAAAGCAUUGGCCAUCAAUCCACAAUUCAUAGAUACCUUACAAUUCAAAGGUAAAUAUAAUUGAAAAAAUUAAGGUUAAUGCUUAUAUUGGAUGGAUCAAUUUGAAUAGGCUAUUUAAUGGUAUGACAAAGCAUUGACUAUCAAUCCACAAUAUUUUUUAUCUUUACAUGGCAAAGGUAAAUUUAAUUUGAAUAUUUAAAGGUUCAUGCUUAAGAGAAAUGGGAAAAUUUGAAUAGGCUAUUGAAUAGUAUGACAAAGCAUUGGCAGUCGAUUCUUAAUCUGAAAUUUGUCUACAUGACAAAGGUAAUAUGUAAUUAUACAAUUUAAAGGUGCCUGCUUAUAUUCAAUGGGCAAAUAUGAAGAGGCUAUAUAAUUGUAUGACAAAGCAUUGGCCAUCAAUCCAUAAUCUGAAAUUUGCUUUCAUAACAAAGGUAAAUAUAAUUGAAAUAUUUUAAGGUGCAUGUUUAAAAGAAAUGGGUCAAUAUUAAUAGGCCAUUUAAUGGUAUGAAAAAGCACUGGCUAUCAAUUCAUAAUCUGUUGAUACCUUAAAAUAAAAAGGUAAAUUCAAAUAAAUAUUCUAUAGAAUAUUGCCUAUAAAAUCUUAAUCACUGA